GCUCUGAGGGUAUCUAUGGAGGAGCAGAGACAGAGGCAGGAGGAUGAGACUCGCAGGGCAGCAGUGGUGUCUGCUGCUGAGGCCGGGGUUCCCUCGCCUACCGCUGACGAGUCAGACGAAGCUCUGCUGAAGAUGUCAGUCCCCCAGGCUGACACGGCCACGCCCGCUAUGCCCGACUUCAGCCGCAUGACAGAGGACGAGCAGAUUGCCUACGCCCUACAGAUGUCCAUGCAGGGUGGAGCAGAGUUUGGUGCAGAGUCAAUGGACAUGGACACAGGAGCCCCUGUAGACUCAGAGGGUGCUAAGGAUGAGGAGGACUAUGAUGUGAUGCAGGACCCAGAGUUCCUCCAGAGUGUCCUGGAGAACCUACCGGGUGUCGACCCCAACAACGAGGCCAUCCGGAAUGCCAUGGGCUCGCUGGCCUCACAGACAGGAUCCAAACCUGACAGCAAGAAAGACAAAGAUGAUGAGAAGAAGAAAUGAACAUUUACACAGUAAACAUAAUAGAUACCCUGGCGUUGACCUGUUGUCAAUGGCUCCUUUAAUAUAAUAGUUGUGCAAAAUGUAACCUCAAAUGACCUCUAGGUUUUUUUGUAUCGCCAUACUCAAACAGUUGAACAGGGCUUUCUUUAUCUUUGUUGUGUCAAGGUUAAUGAUGCAUGUUGCCUUUAGUACAAACUUCUUCUUUUUUUAAGUGGGACCUUAUAUCAACCCAAGCACAUUCAGUAAGUGUACAUUUAUGUGCUGAUAAUAAAUACAUUUACAUAAUUCAAGAGAA